GUAAUCCUCACGGUUUCUUGUAGAACAACUCAAUUCCUACGCCCAUGUCACCGGCUCCGCUAGUCAGUCAAAAGAAAAGAUACUUUUGAUCUAGUGUUUACAGUGUGUCCGCAGUUACGUCAAAAGAGAUUUUCGUUUCAAUCAGAAGUUGCAAUAAGGCGAUUGAAUAAUGUAGUGUUCUGUUCAAAAGGGCACUAACUCUCAAGAUCUGUCAAAUUACAGUGGUGAUUCUUAACAUUUAUUUACAACGGAUGCAAACACAAACCUGUGGCUAAGAGUGAAACAAACGCAACAUGACGAUUGCUACAAGGGGCCAGGGGUUUCCCAUAGAUCCUCCUCCUGACGGCCAAAACAAUGUGCAGACGGGUACCCAACAGCUGCUUUUCUCUCCACCCGGACUGAGCCUGCAGCUCAACGAGAACUCUGUGCCAGGAGGGGUGGAAGGGGAAGUGGAGGGCGAGGCUCCAGUCACAGAGGACAAGAAGGAGCCUUGUACCGAGCCUUACUGCUCAUGUCAGGAGCCAGACUUCCCACAUGCCAAGCUGGCUAUGCUUGAUGAGAAGAUUUCAAGUCCCCGCUGGGUGGUACCCGUGUUGCCAGAGCAGGAGUUGGAGGUUCUCAUGCAGGCUGCCAUCAACCUCUGUAAAACUGGUCAAGAUGUCCGUAGUGAGGCUUGUCAGCGGUUCUUCAGGGAAGGUUUGACGAUCUCGUUCACCAAAAUCUUGACAGAUGAUGCUGUGAAUAGCUGGAAACACAACAUCCAGCACUGCAUCCUACAGAACUGUGAGAGAUUGGUGGAGCUCUGUGUGAUUAAGCUCAGUCAGGACUGGUUCCCCCUUCUGGACCUCCUCGCCAUGGUGUUCAGCCCCAACAAUAAAUUUCACUCUUUCAAUGCCUCGCGAGUAUCGGAGACUGUACCGCCCAACUCAACAUUGGCCGACGAAGACAUCUAUGCUCGGCCUCCUCCCGAUUCACGCACUCCCCGGGGUUGGCUGGUUGACCUCAUAAAUAAGUUUGGAGUCUUAGGAGGUUUUCAAAUCCUGCUGGAGAGGUUUCAGUCGGGCAAAAAUUUAACAGUUCCUGUUAUCCAUGCGUUAAUUCGUCCAUUUGGUUUGUGCCAUGAACUGCUCACUGUUCACACCAUUAUAAAAUACCUCAUGCCGAUAGUGGAAAUGGUGCCAGAUAUUUUGGACAACCUAACUGAUGAUGAAUUAAAGAAAGAAGCUAAAAAUGAAUCAAAAAAUGAUGCAAUAUCAGCAAUUAUAAAAGCAGCAAAAUCCUUAGCAUCUAGAGUUCCAAAUCAAGAAGAAACAAUUAAAAAUUUGGAAAUUUUUAGACUAAAAAUGAUUUUAAGGUUAUUACAAAUAUCAUCAUUUAAUGGAAAAAUGAAUGCUUUAAAUGAAGUGAACAAAGUUAUAGCAAGUGUUACUUAUUACCCCCAUAGACACUCGGGCAUAGAACAAGAGGAAGAAUGGUUAACAUCAGAGAGAAUGGCAAAAUGGAUCAAAGAAAAUAACGUCUUAGAAAUAGUGCUUCGUGAUUCUUUACAUCAGCCACAGUAUGUUGAAAAGUUAGAAAAAAUAUUGAGGUUUAUUAUAAAAGAAAGGACACUAUCAUUGGAAGAUUUAGAUGCAGUUUGGGCUGCUCAGUGUGGUAAACAUGAAGCUAUAGUCAAGAAUGUACACGAUCUCUUGGCAAAAUUGGCAUGGGACUUCUCUCCAGAACAGCUAGAUCAUCUGUUUGAGUGUUUUCAGGCAAGUUGGACAAACGCAAAUAAAAAACAACGAGAAAAAUUACUAGAGCUGAUAAGACGAUUAGCAGAGGAUGACAAAGAUGGGGUUAUGGCCCACAAGGUUUUGACAUUGUUUUGGAACUUGGCUCAUUCAGAUGAUGUUAUGACUGAUAUUAUGGAUCAAGCCUUGGCUGCUCACAUAAAAAUACUUGAUUACAGCUGUUCUCAGGAGAGAGAUGCCCAAAAGACGGAGUGGCUCAACAGAUGUGUGGAAGAGCUAAAGACAUCAGAGACUUGGGUCCUGCCAGCACUCAAACAGAUAAGAGAAAUAUUCUGCUUGUUUGAGCCCAGUCCUACUGUUAAUCAUGGACAAAGAACUCAUCAAGUUUUGUACAGACAAGAAGUAAUUGACCGUCUCCAAAACCAAUAUGGCCUUGUAAUUUUAGUAACUACUAGUCUUACCUCCUACAUGGACAAAAUUAGACAAUUAGUUAAAGAUAAGCCUGAUUUGGACCACAAUACUUACUUACCAGACAAGAGGUAUAACCAUGUGGCACAGGUUCAAGAAAGGCUGAAUUUCUUAAGAUUUUUGCUCAAAGAAGGUCAGUUAUGGCUGUGUAAAGACCAGGCUCGUCAGAUUUGGGAGUGUUUAGCAGAAGAUGCUGUGUUUGUGUCAGAUAGGGAAGCUUGUUUCAAGUGGUUCUCCAAACUGAUGGGUGAAGAGCCUGACUUAGAUCCUGCUAUCAACAAGGAAUUCUUUGUAAACAAUGUGUUACAAUUGGAUCCAACAUUGUUAACUGAAAGUGGCAUGAAGUGCUUUGAAAGGUUCUUUAAGGCUGUGAAUUCAAAAGAGGGAAAACUGAAAAUGAAGAGAAGAGCGUAUAUGAUGGAUGAUGUGGAUCUUGUUGGAAUGGAGUAUAUUUGGAGGGUUGUAACAAAUACAAGUGAUGAGAUUGCUAACAGAGCAAUAGAGUUGCUGAAGGAAGUAAGCACGAACUUAGGUCCAAAACUGCAACAAACUUCAGUUCACUUCCAUGAGAAUUACAUUUCCGAGUGCCUGGAUCGCCUGAGUGCCCAUUACAGCACUGUCAUGGUGUUGCACUCACAGACCAACAAUGUGCAGAGCACUCCUCUUGCUGCCGAGAGGCAGUACCACCAGAAAUCUAUUACAAUGUGCAGAGUGAUGAAGGUACUACAAGAGUACAUCAGUGAGUGUGAUGGGGAGUUCUCAGGGGAGAGAAAGCUCCUCCCUUUACACAGGGCGUGCAGAGGUAAACAUCUAGCACUGGUAGUGAGGUUCUCAACGCCUGGUCGACAGGGAGGGGACGAUGUGGACAUCCAUACCCAUAGCAAUGAUACAGUGGGUUCGGUUCGACGUCAGGUGCUACGGAGGAUUAAGGCGGCUGGCUCUAAUGUCAAGCUCGAUCUAUACAACAAUGGAGACUUGCUUGAUCCUGGAGAUGACCGUAGACUGCUCUCACAAGUACCUAUUAGGGAUAAAACGGUGUUGUCAGCCAAAUUGAGUCAGGCUAACGCAAAUUUGGCGAGUUCCCCAGACUCAAGUUCGGACAGUUCUACGAGUUCACCUCAACAUCCUUAUGUUGGACCCAACCUAGAGGCAGAAAACAGUCUGCCAGGUGUUCUGAUGUCUCAGAGAGGGCGUGCCCAGUUUUUCUUUCAAGUGGCAGACCUGGGUAGUGAGCUGCAUGACGACAACUUGCGAGAUGCGGCCAGGGCAAUAUUAAAACUGAUUCCACCGGACAAUGUCACUGUAAAUCGGCUCCAAGUUUUGUUUGGGGACUCCAGUGUCACUGUGGACGAUCCACAGCCCACUGUUGACAACAUGUUCUUCUGUGACAGUCCAUCUCAGGUCCUGUACAACUUAGAGGUUUUGUACGCACUGCUGAUGCCAGCUGCUGAUCCCCUCUCUGAGAAGGCAUUCGAGUUCCAGAUGAACUUCUUACGCUGUUCAGAGGCACAUGUCAUCUUAGAAAUGCUAACUAAGAACAAUUUUUUGCCAAAAGCAGAUGUAGCAACAAAAAGGUCAGCUUACCUAAUGGUGCUGAAGAUUUGCAAGUUGUUGCUGUCGGUGCUGGGACACGUGAUGUACCGCUGUUUGGAGGAGAGUCCUGUGCCAGGGGAUCAAGAGUGCCCGGAUGGAAUGGUACAGCGAUGUCCUGUCAGUGUGCUCAAACAUGCAUUGGCUAGCGUGCCCAAUAUCAGUACCGAAUAUAUGCUGCGUAACGUAGCAUGUCAGCUGGCUGAGAACUAUGCUGAACAGGUGGCUUCGGGAGAGUACGGAGAGUGCCCUCUAGUGGCAGCAGCCAUGGCGUGGGAGAUACCUGGGGCCGACACCAUCCGGGCUGUUAUCCGAUUGGCAUGGGCAUCCUGCUUCGGAAAUCUGCAUUUGCUGGAUCAUGACUUGUUCAACCAGCAGCUGGGAAACUCUCAACCUUCACCAGAUGAUAUUCUUGUGUGUAAAGAAGCUUUAGAAGUGUUAACAGUGGCUCUAGUCCUUAGUCCUAGUACACUUGAUAGCUUGAGCAAAGAGAAGAUGUGUGAAAAAUUCAUAAUAGAUCUAGUCCUACGAUGUAAUAAUAGGUCAAUUCGUGUAGCAGCAGCGGAACAGUUCCUGAUAAUGUCCAGUCUGGGCACCACACAACAGUUCCUGCAGCUGUGUAUUGCACUGCUCUUCAACGUGCUUCACACCCAUGUCAUUGAGUAUGCCCACAACUCCCAUGAAUAUUUUCAGCUUCUGUGCCAACUGCUGAAUUUUGCCUACCUGUACCAGUGUAAUGUUAACAUUGCAGAACAACUCCUAGCCAAUGAAAUUGUUUGGCUCAAAAAGAUAAGGGAGACGGUGAAGGAGACGGGUGAAACAGGGGUAGAGGAGGCUGUGCUGGAAGGUCAUUUGGGAAUUGCCAAGGAGCUGCUCAACUUUUUACCUCCAGAAAAGAAAUAUCAGUUGGGCUCUGAUGAAAAAACUGGCAUGCAUUUAAUAAAGGAGCUUGUAGAGGACUUCAUAUUCCCGGCCAGCAAGCUGAUGUUGCACCUACAGAGAACUGGAGAACUGAUUCCGGACCAGGCUGUGCCUGUGUGCUCCACCCCUCAGAGUCUCAACUCUGCCUGUGAACUACUUGUCUCUCUCUGUGUUGGCUGUGUGCCUAACAUGAAGCUGCUUACUGCUAUGCUCACGGACAUGUUUUACUCAGAGAGAGACGAGCCACUGGUGGACUGGGACUACCUGCCGCCUGUUGGUCCACGGCCACACAAGGGGUUCGUGGGUCUCAAAAAUGCAGGAGCCACAUGCUACAUGAAUUCGGUAUUGCAGCAGUUGUACAUGGUUGAGAGUAUCCGGGCAGGCCUGCUGGCAGCAGAUGGGGCAGCCACUGACCUCAACGAGGACUUCAGCGGCGAUGAGCGGCCAGACACUGAUUUUGUGCAGAGCCAUUGUGAGAUGGAGGAGAAGAGCACGAUGGAAGAGUCACGAAAGGAGUACAAUAUCGGUAUCUUGAAGCAAGUCCAAGCUAUCUUUGGUCAUCUGGCAUACAGCAAGUUGCAGUAUUAUGUACCUAGAGGUCUCUGGAAGCACUUCAAGCUGCAAGGGGAACCAGUGAACCUUAGGGAACAACAGGAUGCGGUAGAGUUCUUCAUGAGCCUGGUCGAGAGUAUUGACGAGGCCCUGAAAGCUCUGACGCAGGAGCAGAUCAUGGGUAAAGUCCUGGGUGGCUCCUACUCUGACCAGAAAAUUUGUAAAGGUUGUCCCCACAGGUACUCGAAAGAAGAGCCAUUUAGUGUAAUAAGUGUAGAUAUUCGUAACCAUUCAAAUCUUGUUGAUUCGUUAGAACAGUAUGUUAAGGGCGAACUUCUAGAGGGCGCUGACGCUUACCAUUGUGAUAAAUGUAAUAAAAAAGUAGUUACUGUAAAAAGACUAUGUGUCAAAAAACUUCCUCCUAUCCUGGCGAUUCAACUGAAACGGUUUGAGUACGACUUUGAACGUGUUUGUGCCAUCAAGUUUAAUGAUUACUUUGAGUUUCCAAGACUGUUAGAUAUGGAUCCAUAUACAGUAUCUGGGCUGGCCAAGUUAGAGGGAGAGAUGAUAGACUGUGACUACAACACCAAGGACGUCUGUACUAAGUAUCAGCUGAGUGGAAUUGUGGUGCAUAGUGGUCAGGCGAGUGGAGGACACUACUACUCUUACAUACUCCACAGGCAAGGUGAUGGGUCAGCAAGGUGGUACAAAUUUGAUGAUGGUGAAGUUACCGAGUGUAAAAUGGAUGAUGAAGAAGAAAUGAAAACACAGUGUUUUGGUGGUGACUACAUGGGAGAGGUGUUUGACCACAUGCUCAAGAGGAUGAGUUAUCGCAGACAGAAAAGGUGGUGGAACGCGUAUAUGCUGUUCUACACCAGGCUUGAUGUCGAAGAGAGUGCUCUAGUCAAAAGUAUCAAUCAACUCUCUUUAUCGGACACCAAACUGGGUGUAAUGAAGAUGCCAGCAGCGAUAGAACGCAGUGUACGACGGCAGAACAUAAAGUUCAUGCACAACAGAAAUCAAUUCUCUGUAGAGUACUUUCAGUUUAUCCGUAAGCUGGCAUCGUGCAACAUCCCCCCAACAAGCAGGCAACACAAUGCCGACAAGUUUAGUUCCGAGGCUGAAGAGUUGUCAAUGCUGAGUGUGCAACUGGCCAGCAAGUUCCUGUUCCACACGGGUUUUCAUACCAAAAAGACGCUGAGGGGGAACGCAGCAGAUUGGUACGAUGCACUUAGCUACCAUCUUCGCUCCUUCAAGUCUGUUAGAUCGUGGUUCGCUCACAACGUUCUCUUCAAACACCCUCACAGGUUCUGUGAGUACCUGCUAAGUUGUCCUAGUGCGGAAGUGAGGUCAGCUUUCAUGAAGAUUAUCGUGUUCCUGGCCCACUUCUCACUACAAGACGGCCCAUGCCCCCCUCCAAUGCUCAAUGCUCCAACGAUAUUGCUGGACCGAAAAGCGACAAUGAGUGAUCACCUCUUGAUGGCGGUAUUGUCACUGUUACACAAGGAAGUGUCGGAACAUGGCAGGCACCUACCUCACUAUUUCACUCUCUUCCACACAUACGCAUGCCUUGGCAUCAGCGAACGGACACAGUUACUCAAGCUAAAUGUGCCAGCGACAUUCAUGUUGGUUGCAUUGGAUGAAGGGCCAGGACCGAACAUCAAGUACCAGUAUCCAGAGCUGACGAAACUGCACAUGGUUGUUUCUCUGUUAAUUCGUUGCUGUGAUGUCUCCACUAGGAUGCAGUCAUCACAGACGAACGUGCCUCCCCUGCCAAAUCCCUUCAAGGACCCCAUGUGUCCAGAUUACAUCAUGCCCAUACAGCAACAGGCAGCAGACAUCUUGUUCAACAGAUCUAGCUAUGUGAAGAAGGUGAUAGAGGAUGCUCAGCUGAUGGAAGAGGGGAUGAAGCUGCUCCAGUUCUGCUGCUGGGAGAAUCCACACUUGUCUCGCACGUGUCUCAGUGAAUUGCUGUGGCAGAUUGCGUAUGCGUACUGCCACGAAUUGCGCCACUAUAUUGACCUCCUCCUAGGCAUGCUCUUCAUGGAGGACUCUUGGCAGACACAUAGGAUACACAAUGCUCUUAAAGGUAUGGUUGACGAGCGAGAUGGACUAUUUGACAUCAUCCAGCGAGCCAAGAAUCACUAUCAGAAGCGAGCGUACCAGUGCAUAAAAUGUCUGGUGACGCUAUUCACCAAGUGCACAACAGCCCAUAGUAUUCUCACCUCCAUGCCUGACUUCCGCCGCAAAUGGACUCUGUCUGUUGAGUGGCUGCAAGAUGAGCUGGAAAGGCAAAGGCCAUAUGUGUCCAACAGCUACAAUACAGCAUGGUCACCACCCGCCCAGUCAAACGAAACAGCCAAUGGUUACUUCCUGGAACGAUCCAACAGUGCACGAAAGACUUUGGAGUUGGCCUGCGAACUUGUGCCAGAAGAAGUCUCCAACACUGUCAAUAAUACACAGGAGCCAGAAGUAGAAGAAAACACGGAAGAAGGAGAGAGCUGUCCGGAAGAAAAUCCAUCUCCACCAGUGAGAGAAGCACCCCACUCUGCCGUAGUAGCAGACUAUGUCGAAAGUCAGACCAACAGGAUGAUUAAGAACAGGAGGAUGGACAUGAAAAUCAAUAGGAGACGCAGAUCCAUGAUGCAGCCUACUGAAGAGUCAGAGUGCGGGACAGUAAGCAUUAGGGAAGAGUUUGAACCUCCAGCCACGAUAGUCGAUGUGAAUAAGUGUGAUCAAGACAAUUCAUUGAGUGGUAAGACGGCUGGAACAGAAUGUAGUACUGAGUGACGAGUGUACAGCCUCACUUGUAAACUAUUGUACUAUCAUUGUUAUAUUCUUUAUUGCCUUUGUUCAAUGGUGCCCACUGAUACUGUUUCUUUUUAUAUAUACCUAAUAUAUAUAUAGACACGCAUUGUUUAUAAAUAUUAAUAGUUUUAUUUAAAUUGAUGUCCACUCCUAGUAUAUUUCUUAAGCCACUAUGAUAUACGAAAUGAUAAUUUUUUCUUUUUUUUGGAAUUGUCUUUCAACGCAUUUUUACGAGAGAUUUUUUUAACAAAGCUAGAUAAAUAUUUAUACAAAGAAAGCCUUUUGUAAGCCUAGGGCAUGAAGAAUGUAAAUUGACGGACUUAUUAGGCUGUAAGGAGGUUUUUAAUGAUUAUGACAUCACUGUACAAUAAAUUAUAUUUGUUUUACUUUCUAUUUUAUACCUUAAUUAUUGAUCGAUAAAUAUUGUAAAUUUUAGGUGCCUGUGAUAGUACGAGGUAUUCAGAGUUGACGAUUUUGUUGAUUUUAAUUCUGUAUAUUCUAGCUUUGAUACACGUAGCUUUGAUAACCAAUGCCACCAAAUGUUAGGUUUAUUAUUGUUUUGUUAUAAUCAUUGUGCGACUAUACCUGAUAUCUCAGUCUGGGUAUUAUCCUGUGUAAAGUUAUUGUCAACAUUCAUAAUAAAUUAAGGUAAUAUUUUGUUUUAUCAUUUCUCA